GAUAAAAGUCGGUGCGCCGUUAACGCGCGACGCCGUUAACACGUUUCCCAGAAGACAUCUGAUAAUGUCCGGACAAUGGCGGAUAAAAACAAUGGCGAAAUCGCGCUUCAAUCGAGAACAUCCAGACUCGAAGCUGGCAAUUCCACCGAAAACAUCGUGAGCUCGCAAAAUAGGAACUCGUCGGCUUGGAGCAUUCAACGUAUUAUUGUCUCUAUACUAGACGUGAUUAACCAUAUACUAAUAAUCAUGGUAACGGUGUACCUCGUGUGUAUCUUUGCAAAGGAUUACGUUAUUUCAAAUAGCAAAUAUGGUCUUUAUUCUCUGCACGUGAUCCUCUGCACUAUCGGGUAUGUUCUGCUGAUGUCGGAGGCCAUUAUUGUCCUGGCGAGUGACAACAUUCUGACCGGUUGUCUUUCGCGUAGGGCCAACAAGCAUCUCCAUUGGAUUCUGCAGGUCAUCGGGCUGAUACUCAACCUGGUCGGCGUGGGUAUUGUGUAUUUUAAUCGGACACAACACUUUAAAUCGAUUCACGCAAUCACGGGACUCGCCUCGCUGGUAAUCGUGUUCGUGGUGACGAUCUUCGGAUAUCCAGUGUGGAUCGCGUGGAAACUGCGCAAAUUCAUUCGGCCGGUAGUGACGAAGUUUCUGCACAAUUUUCUGGGCCUCGCCGGUUACGUCAUAGGAAUAGUUUCGCAGUGUUACGGUUACAAAAAAAAAAUGGUGCACAGACUGACCGAUGUGAAAUACAUCGACGAGGCUCUGCUUGGUCUUACGAUAGUGAUCACGAUAAUAUCUCUGAGAAAAGCAUUCUUUGUCUCUCUUCCCAGACAGAUCUCCGGCACUCUCAAGACCAUUCAAUAAUUUUUUUCUCUCUAAGAUAAUUUUUUUUUUAAUUUUCAUUUUAUAAAGAACUGUGACAUGUGCGCUCUCCAGAGCGCUUUCCAGAAGAUUAAAAGUGUUACGUUAUUAAUGUACAUACGAGAGUUGGUUAAAAAAUUCCGAACCUUCACGUAAAGAUAACGCAAAUAAAUUCAAUAUUAAGUUUAAUGGCGCUUCGCGCUCUCAUCUUUUAGUGAUUUAAGUUUAAAGUUUCAAAUCAAUACGUUAUUUAGUACAACCUUCUCUCUCUCGAAUAGAAAAAUUGGAAAUCCGUGCGAAUUGAUAAAAUAGUUUUUGUUUUUUUUUAAAGAUCUAACUCUAACUGAAAUAAAACAAUCAUUUAAAAUGAUUUAGUCUUGUGCGACUUUCAUCUGUUCUCAAACUUUCAAAAACUGGUUCGGAGGAAAGAGAUUUUCGUCUGAUAUAGUAACUGAGAUGUAAUCGAUGUCGUAAAAGUCUUUGAGGAUCUCGACAAAUUGUUUUACCAAACUGACAUAACGGUUUUAGAACAUCGUUGGGCAAAAUGUAUCUAGUUAAAUGGAAACUACGAUGAGAAAAAUAAAUCCAGCCCCAAAAAAAAUGUUUUCUUAUUCAGGCCUUGAACUUGUCAAACGGCCCUCGUAUAUAGUACACUUAAGUAAGUUUUACUAGCUGUGUAACGUCAUUUUAGAAAACAUCGGUUUUUUUUUCCGCCAGAAAGUAUCCGUGUAUAAUCUUCCACGUGUGUUAACUACAAAACAUGUGUAGAUAAGGAAUAGAUAUUAGGCUAAUUAAUAUUUAUUUACGUUAACGAUGUUAUAAAAUUACAUUCGAUAUCAAUGCAAAGAUCUGUAAACUCGAUAAAAUGUACAAAAUUGCGCAACAAAAUGAAA